CUCCCGACCGGAGACGAGGAACAGAAACAAUGCAGCCAGAAAGAAACCUCUCGUAACAAAGUACAAAGCAAAAUGGGGGCUAACGUUUGUGCAUAUUUCUUGGUGGUGGUUCCUCCUCGUGUGGACCCGGCUUUCAGGCUUCAAUGUGAACGUUUAUCUCAUUCCAGCUCCCAAAACGAGUCUGUGUCCAAAUGAACAACAUUUUGAGGAAGUGGUUUGGCCAGAAGCAGGAAGCUCGGCGCCUCGUUUAAACGUACCGAGACAAACUUAAAACAGUGACCAGAUAAAACCGAGAAGGACGCACGCCGUCCCUGCAAGAACCCUGAGGACCACGACAUGGAGGCUCGACAAGUUUGCCGUCUUUCCUUCAUGUCGACCUGGAUGUUGGUCUUCUUCCUCCUCGCUGGGUGCUCAGGAACGGACUCACCGAAGAUCUGCCUGGACAGCACCGUCUUCGUGGCCUUUGCAGGCGAAACCCUCCGCCUCCCCUGUGAGCUGAAGGUGCCUGCGAACCAAAGCGGAGACGCCCUGACGUGCUUCAAUUCUCUCAAACAACCCGUCUACAGCUGCGACAUCGCCAACAGCCAGCCACAAACCCACCGUCUGAAAUUGGAGCUGAGCAACGUGACCCUCUCAGGAGAAUAUUUCUGCCGGUACAAAAAUGCCCACGUGUACUUCUAUCUUCUAGUGCAGAGCAAAGAGGAACUCAACAUUGAUCUCGACAGGAACUACACAGAAGUCGGCGUAGUCGGCGUCUUCACCGCUGUGCUGCUGGUGUUCAGCGUGGUCGGCUCGGUGUAUGUCUUCAGAGGACAUUGGUCCGACUGCUUCACUGAAUGUGGCAAACGUGGCACAGAGCAAAAGCAGAAGAGAGAAGAAAGGAAUGAAGGGGAACAGGUGGAAGACAACGUGGAUGUGAUGACAGCUCCGUCUACAUCUUUCUAUGCUAGUCUAGAGCCUCGGCCGAGGUCCAUUUACGACGUGCUGGACCAUUCGGCCGUCAGGGACGAGUCGGACACAAGCAAAGCUGAACCCAAGAAAAGGAAACCAAAAAAAACGGUCAGUGACGACUUCAGGCGCUUUGUUAUUCAGUGGAAAAGCACUUUCAACAUGGAGCUGGUGACCUGUGUUCUGCUUCCUCCACAGGCGCCACAACCAGCAACCCAACCAGACCAGCAGGAAGGUGAAUUUGAGUGUGUCUAUGAGAAUUUUUAACAAAGAGAUACACUUGUUUCUACGGAUGGCGGUAUUUAUAUCAUUGUCAGCUGUUACCAGAAAGUAUCAUAGAAUGUAAUACUGAAUAUAGAUUACAUCAAAAAGGAAGGUAACACAAGAAAAUAGAAAAAAAUCAUUGUUGCAUGUGUCAAGUAUAAAAGUAAGACCAGUAAGUGUUAUCAGCAAAUAACACUCAAAGAACAAAUUCAAAAGUGUCCAUUAUGCAGGCAAAAUGUGUAUUUUAUUAUUUUACUAAAUUUUUAUUAUGGGUACAUCAACAUUGUAAAGUUUGGUUGAGAUAAAGCUAUAGGCUAAUAAUAACUAUCUUUAUUUUCGAAGUUUAAAAUAUCUUAAAUGUACUGUAUAACAAUGCUGUAUUGUUAAUAACAAGAUGUCAAAUGAACUUAGAGGAGUAAAUGUGAAUAGACAUUACAAUGUGAAUAUGGUAAGAUAUAAUAGUAGUAGAAAGUAGUAAGUAAAGUCUCUCAACAUUUUAAUUGAGAAAUUGAAAUAAAUACAUCUUCCACGA